AUGGAUUCCAGUGAAUUUUCAGGAUCUUUGGACCCCCUGUCCUUGCCUGACAAACCGCUCAUUGGUGAUCUCCCCGCUGACAUGGAGUUUGGUGAAGAUCUCCUGGCCUCCCAAACAGCUUCUACCCAGGAAGUUUCAGUUCUUCAGCCCCCUGGCUUGGAUCAAUCCAAACAGAUGACUGCAGAUGAGGACUUGGACCUUGUAGUGAAAGCAGACAGUGUGUCUGAACUAAAUAAAUCAAAUGACUGUGUUCUAGAUAAACCUGGUGUCUUGGCUAUGCUGGAGAAACCUGGUGUCUUAGAUGAUUUGGGUAAAACUUCUGACUUGGUGGAACUGGAUAAACCAGAGGGUCUGGAUGGGCUGUGUAAGGCACAACCUUCCCAGGACACGGAGGGUGGACCAGCAGACUCCUGUGCCCUGGCAAGAGAAGCUGUUGGUCCAGAAACAGGGGAAGGAGAGGAUGCACCAAAAAAUCAUUCUGGGGAUGUAAAGGAAGAUGCUGCUGCUACUAUUCCUGCACUGUCUGGUGACAAUCCCCCUGAAUCACCCCAACAACCUGUCCCUGACUCCAGGGACCUCAGCAGUGCCCCAGCCCCUGAAGAAACCACAGCACAGUCCUCAAGUCCCACAGUGCCCCCACCCCAACUCAGUCUUAAACAAACGAAGAAGAUGAAGUUGAAGGCACCAAGGAAAAGCUCACCUGUGCAGAGGCAAGGGCUGGCAGGGGAGGCAGAGGUGCAACUGAGCCCAGACAACAGAACUGCAGCUUUGCCCUCUGAGCCUGUGGAGGAAAACCGGGCAGAGGGAGGGGAUGAUAAUGGGAAGAACUCACUUAAAGAAAACACUGUACUCAAAGCACAGGAAGCCUUACCAUCAGCAGGAGAAAGCCUGUCUGGGAAGGGAGGCGAGCUGCCAGCUGAGAAGGAGCAGAAAAGAAGUGAACGACCAAGAAGAUCAGAAACUGCCAGGCCUGAAAUUGUGAACUCCUCUGAGAGCAUUCCAGUCUCUGAUGAAGACUCUGAUGCGAUGGUGGACGAUCCCAACGACGAGGAUUUCGUUCCUUUCCGUACACGGCGCUCCACUCGGAUGUCGCUGCGCGCGCAGAUGGCCCAAAGAGCUGCCCGCUCCACCUUCACCAAGAUGACAUGUGCCAACUGCCGGACCCCGCUGCAGAAGGGCCAGACUGCCUACCAGAGGAAAGGGCUUCCUCAGCUCUUCUGCUCCAGCUCCUGCCUCACCACCUUCUCAAAAAAACCGCCUGGCAAGAAGAUAUGCACCUUCUGCAAAAAGGAGAUCUGGAACACCAAGGACUCUGUGGUUGCCCAGAUUGGUUCAGGUGGCUCUUUCCAUGAGUUCUGCACCUCUGUCUGCCUUUCCCUCUACGAGGCCCAGCAGCACAGACCAGCACCUCAGUCUGCAGAUGCCUCGGACACCAGCCGCUGCAGUGUUUGCCACAAACCUGGCGAGAUCCAGCAUGAGGUCAGCAAUGGAAACGUGGUUCACCGCAUCUGCAGUGAUGCCUGCUUCACCAAAUUCCGGGCCACCAAGGGGCUGAAAACAAACUGCUGUGACAACUGUGGACUUUAUAUCUACAACAAGGGCUUGCCCCUGGAGUACCUCUUCCAUGAAGGCCAGCAAAAACGCUUUUGCAACUCUGCGUGUCUCAACAGUUACAAGAAGAAGAACACUCGGGUCUACCCCUGCAUGUGGUGCAAGACGCUUUGCAAGAACUUUGACAUGCUACCCAACGUGGAUCGCAGUGGCAAGAUGGGCCUGUUCUGCUCCAUUUGCUGCACUACCUCCCACAAAGUGAAGCAGUCAGGCUUAGUUGGUCCCCCUAGACCCUGCAGCUUCUGCAGAAAGAGUUUAUCUGAACCCUGCUAUUACAACAAGACAGAACGGGUUGUGUACCAGUUCUGCAGCCCCAGCUGCUGGACCAAAUUCCAGCGCACCAGCCCAGAAGGGGGGAUACACCUCAACUGCCAUUACUGUCACAAUCUGUUCAGCGGGAAGCCGGAGAUCCUAGACUGGCAGGACAAGGUAUAUCAGUUCUGCUGCAAGGACUGCUGCGAGGACUUCAAGCGGCUGCGUGGGGUGGUGUCUCAGUGUGAACACUGCAAGCAGGAGAAGCUGCUGCAUGAGAAGAUCCGUUUCUCUGGAGUAGAGAAGAAUUUCUGCAGCGAAGGGUGUGUGCUUCUUUACAAACAGGAUUUCACCAAGAACCUGGGCCUGUGCUGCAUCACCUGCACCUACUGUUCUCAGACCUGCCAGCGGGCGGUCACCGAGCAGCUGGAGGGCAGCACCUGGGACUUCUGUAGUGAAGACUGCAAAAGCAAAUACUUGCUCUGGUACUUCAAGGCAGCUCGGUGCCAUGCCUGCAAGCGUCAGGGGAAGCUGCUGGAAACCAUCCACUGGCGGGGGCAAAUCAAACACUUCUGCAACCAGCAGUGUCUGCUGCGAUUUUACAAUCAACAGAACCAGCCCAACCUGGACACGCAGAAGGGGCCCGAGAGCCUGCUGAACAGUCAGACUUCAGAGCCAAAACCAGCUGUCCCUUCCCCACAGAAGGCAGAAACUAACAUGCUGUCAGCAAAGGCCUCCUCAGCCCAAACAUCUCCAGCAGUGCCGCCUCCCACCCCACCUCUGGUUCCAGCCACACCUCGGAAAAACAAAGCUGCCAUGUGUAAACCACUGAUGCAGAACCGGGGUGUCUCCUGCAAGUUUGAAAUGAAGUCCAAAGGAUGUCAGACAGAGGCUGACUGGAAGCCCCAGCUGGUUGUGUUGCCAAUCCCCGUCCCGAUCUUCGUGCCUGUGCCUAUGCAUAUGUACUGCCAGAAAGUACCUGUGCCUUUCUCCAUGCCUGUCCCGGUGCCUGUGCCAAUGUUCCUGCCCACCACACUGGAGAGCACAGAGAAGAUUGUGGAGACCAUUGAGGAACUGAAGGUGAAGAUCCCCUCCAAUCCUCUGGAGGCUGACAUCCUGGCCAUGGCUGAGAUGAUUGCAGAGGCUGAGGAACUGGACAAAGCCUCCUCAGACCUGUGUGACCUGGUGAGUAAUCAGAGUGCAGAGGGUCUCCUGGAGGACUGUGAUCUGUUUGGACCAGCACGGGACGAUGUCUUGGCUAUGGCUGUCAAGAUGGCAAAUGUCCUCGAUGAACCUGGCCAGGACCUGGAAGCUGACUUCCCUAAGAAUCCUCUAGACAUCAACCCCAGUGUGGAUUUCCUCUUUGAUUGUGGACUGGUGGGACCAGAUGAUGUGUCCACAGAGCAAGAUCUGCCUCGAGCUGUCCGAAAAGGGCAGAAGCGCCUGGUGCUCUCUGAAAGCUGUUCCCGGGACUCGAUGAGCAGCCAGCCCAGCUGUACAGUACUCAACUACUCGUACGGUGUGAAUGCCUGGAAGUCCUGGGUACAAGCCAAGUAUGCAGGGGGAGAGACCAGCAAGGGAGAGGAGCUACGCUUUGGCCCCAAGCCCAUGAGGAUCAAGGAGGACAUCUUGGCCUGCUCAGCAGCUGAGCUCAACUAUGGCCUGGCCCAGUUUGUCAAGGAGAUAACCCGGCCCAAUGGGGAGCGCUAUGAACCAGACAGCAUCUAUUACCUCUGCCUUGGCAUCCAGCAGUACCUGCUCGAGAACAAUCGUAUGGUGAAUAUAUUUACAGACCUUUACUACCUGACCUUCGUGCAGGAGCUGAACAAGUCCCUGAGUGGCUGGCAACCCACAAUCUUACCAAAUAACACUGUUUUCUCCCGUGUCGAGGAGGAGCAUCUCUGGGAGUGCAAACAGCUGGGUGUUUACUCACCCUUUGUGCUUCUCAACACCCUCAUGUUCUUCAACACUAAGUUCUUUGGGCUGCAGACAGCAGAGGAGCACAUGCAGCUCUCCUUCACCAACGUGGUGCGCCAGUCCCGCAAGUGCACCACGGCCCGUGGCAUGACAAAGGUGGUGAGCAUCCGCUACUACGCUCCUGCCAAGCAGAAGAAAAGCCGAGAUAGCGGCUCUGGAAAACGGAAGCGUGAGGAGGAGGUACCAAUGCUGGAGCAGCGGGAGAACAGGAUGAAUCCCCUCCGAUGCCCAGUCAAGUUUUAUGAGUUUUAUCUCUCCAAAUGCCCUGAGAGCCUGCGGAACCGCAACGACGUGUUCUACCUGCAGCCCGAGCGGUCGUGCAUCGCUGAGUCCCCGCUGUGGUACUCGGUGAUCCCCAUGGACCGGAGCAUGCUGGAGAGCAUGCUGAACCGCAUCCUGGCCGUCAGGGAGAUCUACGAGGAGCACAGUCGGCUCAGCAGCCUAGAGGAUGAUAUGGACUAAGGGCGAGGUGCUGCUGGACUGGCUGCACUCCAGCCCUGGACAUCUCAUCUUGCUGCUUCCCAUUGCAGGGCAGGGGCCAUGCAGCAUAGGAAGGGAUGGUGCUGCAGCAGUACUGUCCCUGCAUCAUUACCAGACUUGGACCUCUCAUCCUGCUCAUUACAGGCAUCCCCUAUGUACGUGGCCCCUGCAAUCAGAUCCAUCUUCAGUUUUGGCUGCUGGGUGAGCCAUCUGCCCCAGGGCCCAUUCCCAUGGCACAGGAGUGGCAGAGUCCCUGGGGCAGCUCCCCUUGCCCAGCCCUGUCCUCCCCUACCCCCAGCCCUGCUGCUACCCCUCUGUCCCCAUGCCUAGGGCAGGAAUUGCACAAGACACAGUGCACCAUUGGACCAGUGGCCCCUGAAACUUCCCUCUUCCUUUGGCAUUCCCUCACAAGGCUGGAGGUAUCGAGGCAGGAACAGUAGCUCUGCUGCUGGGGCAGGAUUUAUUUUCAAGCUAGUGGGCAUGGGCCAGAGGUAACCUGAGAGCUGUUGGGUCAGGGAGAGAACUUUUUACCCGGGGUGGGAGAGAUUUGGAUUGGUUGCAGGGAGUGGAUGGAGCUUGCACUGUGAUUUGUGGGCAGAGAUCUGGCCUUGCCACAGGGACACCUCCCUUGUGUGCAGCCAGGUUGCCUCUCUCUCUCUUAGGUCAAUGUUUUCUGAGUUUGCUGAAAACUGAUGAGGAUGGACCUGUGCUAGAUGGCCCUUUCUUCCCCCCCUUCCCUGUCAUGGUGUAAGGACCCUCCCCUAUGCAAGAUGGCAUCAGUGGGAACCUUUGCUCCAGCCAGGGGCCCAGGCAUUUGCUGGCAGAAGUAGAGAGCCCUGCCUGGCCUCCCCCUCCCACCUCCCUACAGCCUGCCAGCACCAUACCCAGGGCAAGUCUGGCUCCAGCUGUGCCACUCCAUGCUGCCUCCUGCCCCUUCUUGUGUUCUGGUUGGUUUUCUUGAGCUGUACAUGGGUCUCCUGUUGAGCCUGUAUAUAUUGUUCUGGGCCCUGGCCUAGGGCCAUCUGUUCUCUGUGUCCA